UCUGUCUUACUGAUACUUUCGAUCACUAACGAAAAAAGAAGUUGUAUCAUCAUGCCGCCUAAAGCUAGUGGUAAAGCUGUGAAGAAAGCUGGCAAAGCCCAGAAGAAUAUUAGUAAAACUGACAAGAAGAAGAAGCGUAAGAGGAAGGAAAGCUAUGCAAUCUAUAUUUACAAAGUUCUCAAACAAGUACAUCCAGAUACAGGUAUUUCUAGUAAAGCUAUGAGCAUCAUGAAUAGUUUUGUCAACGACGUUUUUGAACGAAUUGCUGCCGAAGCUUCAAGAUUGGCUCACUACAAUAAACGUUCAACAAUUACUUCUCGGGAAAUUCAAACUGCAGUACGUUUGUUGCUACCUGGCGAGCUUGCUAAACACGCAGUUAGUGAAGGUACUAAAGCUGUAACUAAAUACACGAGCUCAAAGUUGUAACAAAUAAGUUUACAUAUUGAGUCAGUAAAAUUCAAUUAAUAGGUGACGUUUACAUUGUGCAAAAUAAAUCAUUUUUUAUACUCUUCAUGCUGAACUUUUCACGCAGCAUUCUGUUGAUUCAUCUGUAAUGCGUAAACUCAAACCAAGUAGAAACAUUAACAUUAAACUACUGAAAAAACCAAAUUACUUUUACCAAAACAAGUUAUAAUUACUGGUCUUAAAGACAUUGUCGCAAAUGACUGCUAAAGCCGUCCGAUUUUUGACGAUAUGUAGGCAAAUGACGGUUACAAUCGUUAAUUUCAUGGAAAAAUUGUGACAAAAUGUGAUAAUUUUUACUUUCAAAUAUAUACGACUGACACUCAAUUUCAUAUGGCAGUCAUGAACAAUUAAAAAAAAUUGGUUUCUGAGCACGAUUAUCAAAUUAAAAGUGUACGGCAAUAUG